AUGCCAAUAAGAAAUCCCACGCAUAAAACUCCUUGGCGAUAUCGUCGUUUUUGGCGUUUAUUUCGACGUAAAAAGCCAUCACUUAUUGAUAUAACAUAUCCCUACGAAUACAUGAUGCGUUUUCCACGAUUGCCUAUCACAGUCCCACCACUUGUUCCGACAUUAAUGUCUUAUCGAUGGAACGACGAAGAUGAUUGCGAAGCCUUACCAAAGAAACCUAUACGUGAUAAUCAUAGUCAACAACAUGCACGACGACGCUUACCAAAACGCUAUAGUGAUCUAGUUGGUCCAUUGUCGAAUAAAAUUUAUCUUCCAAGAAAAGACUCACUUCCUCGAGAAACACAACUACGCGAUACGUCAUCACAACAUGACCAUCAACCCCCAACGACGAAAGGAAAAUCUGGCGAAAGUUUUUGUGCUAUCAAUUCACAUAGUAAAAGAGCCGCGGAAAUACUUUCGACGAUAUCGAAAAACGAAAGAAAAGAACAUUCAUUUGUCACACGUCGAUAUAGCAGUAAAAAUAAACAGCUAUCAACAACGAACGCUGUAGAUCUUCUAGCGCAUCGCAUGCAAGCAGCAAUGAGUGUUGAACUAAUGCAUUCACUUGAUAGAAAUUUUGUUUUCAGUGAUAGAAAACAAUUGUCAAAUUUUACCAACAUAAAUCGUUCACAAUCACUUCACAUUUCAAAAGCACCAAUGCAUAAUCGAAAAGAUAAAUCUCAUGAUAACGAACCUUAUUAUCAUGUUAUACCGAGAGUAAAAUAUCGCCCAGAUGAUGAACAAAAAUCAAUAGAAACUAUGUCUUCCGUAGAUGAAUUAACGCCCGAUUAUGAUGAUGAUGAUAUUAUUAUUCGACCAUUUGAAACUAAUAGUAACGAUGAAAUAGGUGAAGAACCAGCCAUCGAUUAUGACGAUUCGAAAUCAAUAGAAAUCGCUGAAACUGAAGAAAAACCAACGAUCCUUCCAACUGAUUAUGAUCUCGGAGUUACAUCACCGUUCAUUGUCCAACAAAUAUCGACAACAUCAUCUAGUACUGGAACUUAUGCACACCCUCAAUCCUCUGUUCCACCAACUCCACCACCAUUACCAAACACAAUCACGCAGCCGAAAAAGACCGCGAUUCGUUGCCGUACGAUUGCCGAUCAAAUAACAGCCGAUCAUAAACUUAUUUUAAAAGACGAAGGAGAAACAUUGCCGAACAUUUACAAAGAAAAACUUUCAGUUGUUCCAGUUACAGAAGAGCACCACCCAAAAAGAUCCUCUCCGAUUCAGAAUAUUCCACCGAAACCUUGUUAUAUACACCUAUCAAAAGAAAUAUUAGAAAAACCAAAUUUACGUAAAGUUGCUCAACCAGUUUCACGGUCUUAUUCAACCUAUGGUUCAAUGUCACUAUUAAAUGAUCAUGAUACAGAAUUAACAACGAUGCGUGAAAAAUCUUCAACACUCAUCGAGCAACCUUUCGACGGCCUGUCAUCAUCAGCAACGACAUCUAUUAUAAUCGAAAACGAAUAUGAACAUCGAGCAUCAUCAAAAAUCUACAAUGAUUAUAAACGUCGAGCAUCUUCGAUCACCUAUGCCACAAAUAAUACUUUAACCAGUACAUACAGUCAUUCUGCUAUAAUACAUCCUAUGCAUACACAUAUUGGCCUACGUUCAUCAACAACAACAUCCUCAUCGAAUGAUAAACUCAACGAAAAUGUUCUAGCAAAUAAAAAAAUGAAUCUUUGCGUUAUUAACCAACUUAAUGAACAUUUAUCGACUCGUUUCCGACAGCAACAUCAACAAGAUAUAUGCGUGGCAAAGACUAAUAAAACUAUUUCGGAAAAUCCAAUUGAGCAUGAAAAUUAUGAUCGCCCACCGGCACUUGGAAGUGUGGUCAAUGACGUUCAAGUAAAUGUUUAUGAUGAACCUCAAAAUAUGGAAACAACAAGUACAACACCAAUUGAACGCCUUGAUAUGUUUUCGGGUUCAAUACCCCCUCCACCACCACCAUUACCAGUCGGCGGUUUUCGACCAGUGCUAUCUCAAUUAAAUCGUCCAUCGAGUUCUCAACGAACAUCGGUCCUCACAUUGCCACGAGAAAGUAAUAGUGCCGAUCUUCGCUGCAGUACCGGUACAUCGACAACAUCAAGUAAAUUGUCCGAUGCACGAAUUCUUCGAGAACUACGUACAAAUCCAUUAUUCACAAAAGCUCAGCAACAUCUUGAAAUUGAGCCUGACUUAAGCGGUCGGCCAGUGAAUGGUUCAUCUUGUUAUUUGCGACUUGAUACAUGUUCGAAAGGUACUUCAUCGACAACAGUUCAAAAUGAUUCAAUGAACGAUAACGUCGAGACAUUCAUCAUGCGUCCUAGCGAAUUGAAAGCUGUUAUAAAUAAUACAGCAACAUCAGCGAACAGUAAUCCAAAAGAAACAAAUCGAUUUAACUCAAGAGUUUUGACGAACUCCUGUCUACAAACACAACGUCGGCAAUCAGAACUUGAACUUAUCUUUCGAGUAAGAGAAUACAAGAGGAAAAGAGAUCAUUUGCCAGUCUACUAA